AUGUUCCCAUCAGAAUAUGGCUUAAAAGUAAAAUCAGGUAUUUUUGCGAAUUUUUUGAAGGAUAAUCCUUAUUUAUGUGAUUAAGAUUACACAUAUUUUAAUAACGAAGAUGAUUUUUUGAUCACCCCUUUAAGUGUUUAUAAUUAACGUACAUGGUAUAAAGUAUAUGAGUUAGAAAAUCCAAUAGACUCGACUAAUAUGAAUGUUUUUUAUUAUGAUUUAAUAGCCCAAAUAAUUGAAGAAAAUUAUGAAAAGUAUGACGGUUUUCUUAUUUUGCAUGGGACUGAUACUAUGGCCUAUACAGCAAGUGCCUUAUCUUUUAUGCUUGAAAAUUUAUCUAAAACUGUAAUUAUUACAGGAAGUUAAAUUCCAUGUUCAUCUAUGAGAAACGAUGGUUUUAAUAAUUUAUUGUGUUCAAUUACUGUGUGCGGGCAUUAUACAAUUCCUGAAGUUAUGAUCUGUUUUAAUGAUAAGCUUUUUAGAGGGAAUAGAUGUACGAAAAUGGAUUCAAACUCUAUGGAUUCUUUCGAUUCCCCUAAUUAUGAACCUUUGGCAGUUUUUGGAAUAAAUAUUAAUAUUAAUUGGGAAAAAAUACUCAAAAAAAAUCCCAACUAAAAACUAAUUGUACAUAAAAACUUGUGCGAUAAAAUUGCUAUUAUUAAAUUCCACCCUUUUAUUAGUUCAGAAACUCUAAAUGUUAUUCUUAAUGAUCAUUAUACUCGUGCUGUUAUUAUUGAAACUUAUGGAGCUGGUAAUAUUCCUAUUAAUAAACCUGAAUUACUUGAAAUGCUUAAUUAAGCGCAUUAAUAAGGAAAAAUAUUAGUUAAUUUAUCGCAAUGUUAUCGUUCAAAUGUUAUGUCUAUUUAUGAAACAGGAAAAGCUUUAUUAAAAGUAGGAGUUGUUUGUGGAUGGGAUUGUACUUUCGAAGCAAUGUCAAGCAAAUUAGCAUUUUUAUUAUCGAAAAACUAUUCUACUGAAACAAUAAAAAUUCUUGUCUAAUAAAAUAUGAGAGGAGAACUAUCACCUCCAUUAGAAAAUGAUAUUUUUGAAUUUCAAUAAGAGCAUUUUCUGUAAGCUUUAAAAGACGCAGUUUAAUCUGGAAAUGAUGAAAGUAUUGACAUUCUUAAAACUUUAAUUUUACCAAAUAUUACUUGUUAUUUAAGUAAAGGAGGUUUGUUGAAUAGUUUGAUUUAACUUAAAAGUUAUAUUAUUGAUUUUACUUAAGGCGAUUAUGAUGAUAGGACAGGAUUGCAUUUAGCAGCUAGAGAAGGAUAGUUGGAAUGUUUGAAAUUUCUUAUAAGUGAAUGUAAAGAAGUUAAUUUAAUUGAUAAGUUUGGAAGAUCUCCUUUAUUUGAAGCUUGCUUAACGAGGUAAAAACAAUGUAUUAUCGAACUAGAAAAAGCUGGAGGAUAAGUAAUUGGACCAAAAAAUUUAAUUACUUCUCUUUUAAUGAAUGCUAUUAAAGAAAAUGAUAAAGAAUUGUUUGAUAUUUUUUAUAUGGCAAAGUUAAAAGAUUGGAAUUAAUAUAAAACUAUUGAUGGAAGAACUUUAGCUCAUGUAGCUGCUACAUAUAAUAAUGUAGAAAUAAUUAGAUUUUUAAAAUAUUAAUGUGAAAUGAACUUUAAUGAUAAAGAUAGAUAUGAGAGAACUGCUUUGGACGAGGCAAAAAAACGAAAUCAUAAGGAAAUUUGUAAACUUUUAAUGUGA